AUGCGGCUACUUCGAGAGGAGAUAGCAAGGCUUGAACAAGAAAUUCACAAGUACAAGACAGCUCUAUCAAAUAGCUCUUGCCUCCACUGCAAUAGCCCUCUUAUCCCUAGAUGGGAUGCACCAGAUUGGCCUCCACGCGUACAUGAGAAUUGCAAGCUAAAACAAGAGUUCGAAAAGGUUCGAGAAAGGGUCAUGGAGAAGCUUGGAAGAAAUUUUCUCAAAGAGAUAGAUGUCAGUUCAGUGCCAUCAAAUUUGAUGGAGAAUGACCCUCAACUCGCGCCUGUUGGACUUGCUAUUUCAGCAAUGCGCGAGUUUCUGAUGCUGGUUCAAGCAAGGGAACCGAUAUGGAUAUCACACCCUUAUAACUCCUUGGAGACAAUCAAUGAGGGGCAAUAUCUCCUGAACUUUGCUAGCAGGGGUACUCUAAAGCCCUACUGGUAUGAUAGAGAAGGAACACGUUCGCGUGUAAUUGUACCAAUGAGUCCUAGGGAUAUAGUUGGCAUACUCAUGGAUGUGGAUCACUGGUCCACUUGCUUUUCUAGCAUGCUAGCAAGUGGUGUGAUGAUGGAAGAGAUAUCUUCAGGAGAACCAGAAAAUUAUAAUGGAGCUAUGCUAGCGGUAUCGGCAGAGUACCAGAUACCUCUGACGCCUCAGCAACUUAUCCCACAUAGGAGGAGUGUGUUCCUGCGUUUCUGCAAGAAAUUACCAAAUGAGACUUCUUGGGCAGUCGUUGAUGUUUCAGUGGAUAAUGUUCUGCAACACCAUAUUAUGAAAUGCAAGAGAAGGCCUUCAGGGUGCUUGAUUCAAGAUAUGAGCAAUGGUUUCUCUGAGGUGACAUGGAUCGAACAUUUUGAAGUGGAUAAUAGAGAUGUUGGGCACUAUUGCAAGCUAUAUGUGUCCUCAGGUAUGGCUUUUGGUGCAAAACAGUGGGUGGGCAUCUUGGAGGGCUAUUGCAAUCUCCUCAAAACUCAAAUGGCCUGGAACACUCCAAAGGGAGGUGAACUGCAAACAAUAGAGACUAGAGAUAAGCUGAAAUCAGUUUUACUAGAGAAUGACCAAGCGGCCUGGAACACUCCAAAUGGAGGUGUAGGGCAAACAAUGGAGACAAGAAAGAAGCUGAAAUCUGCUUUACCAGAGAAUGACAAGGUAGCCUCAGACACUCCAAAGGUAGCCUCAGACACUCCAAAGGGAGGUGGAGUGAAAACAAUGGUGACUAGAGAGAUGCUGAAAUUGGUUUUCCCCGAGAGUUUCAAGGAUGAUGAUGCAGAGGAGAAUGACAGUGGUCAGAACAAUUCUGGUAAUGAUGGUUGCAAGAAGGAUGAAGAUGAGGAGAAGAAUUCUGGUGAUCAGAAAAAGUCUGGAAGUGAUGGCUGCAAGCCAAAGUAA